AUGACCAUAUAAUUUUAAUUUCUGUUGUCCUGUCUUGAAAUCCCAUAAAAAAAUAGAGUUAUCUGCACUCUACGAGAUGCUAUUGUUGUACCAUCAGGAGAAAAGCUUACAGAAUAAACUGAACCACAAUGA